AUGCUACACCAAAUACCACCUCUCGCCCUAUCAUUUUCCCACCCCGGUAAACCAGCGCAGUCACGCAUCCCGUCGACGAAGAGGCGCAGCUCUUUUUUGUUGGAAUUUCAUGCCCAAACCCCUCAUGACGGCCAGCCCAGCACUAGCAGCCCAGCACGUAUCCCCCGACCGCCGCUGUUUUGUCGCUGCCUGGGAAUCAUCCUUCGCUCGCCAUGUUUUAAUGCAUCAGUGACACUCAGAAACAGCAACCUGAGUCGCGGACACGACAAAGAAGGUUGUCCUCAUUCUGUCGUUCCCCUCGGGAUCUGCGACUGGGAUUGUAACGACCGCGCCACCUUAUCACGCCUUGCUCGUGCUUGCCUGUGCGCUAUUUGCCCUUCCGAAACAGGCGUUGCAACACACACACCACAACCAAAUCCGUCACAUUACUGGCUCGCAAUCCCUCCCAUCACCACCCCCACGUGA